AUGCCAGUCACCUUGCAAAAAGUGCACAAGCACAUCUCCAAGAAACGAGGUGUUGUCAACGCCCUCCACGAGUUCAGCCGCGAUGCUCGUCGGCUCCGUCGUGCCGGUCAUCGGGACGACCGCUUGGUCAAACAUACGUCGAUCUCCAUGAAGGCCCGGCAACCAUACACGGACCGCAUUGACUAUUUCUAUGAAACAAUCCAACCCAUUUCCGAGCCCCUCUCCGAGGCUGAACUGGCCGAAAUGAUCACCAAGUACAUAUAUCGCGAUGCAGAGGAGCUUGCACAGCUUAAACAAGAACGCCGCAAGGGCCGCCCACCCACCAAGCGGGAAGAAGUGCUCGGACAACGGACGGAGACGGAGGAGAAGGAAUUCAAAACAGGAUUCUGGGCACCGGACCUGACCGAGAUGGAUGUCCUGGUGGCACUGAAGCAAUGGAAUAGGCAGUGGUCUGGUCUCAGUCCUGUGAAAUUUGUUCGCCUCGUGCAAGGUGGAGAUAAGAAGGAUUCGACCUUCCCUCCCAAUGGCAUGUCAUGA